AUGGAGCCUGAGGAAAUAGAUCUUAUUACUUCUCCUGGAUGUCCGCAAUAUCUCUCGGACCUUGUCACUAACAAAUCAAAUCCUGUAGUAUUUUUGGAUAUAAAUAUUGGCUCAACACCAAUAGGAAGGUUGAAAAUCGAAUUAUUCGCAGAUCGUGUGCCUAGGACUGCCGAAAAUUUUAGACAAUUUUGCACGGGCGAAUUUUUGUAUAACAAAGUGCCCAUAGGUUACACAGGAGCGACCUUCCAUCGCGUAAUAAAGGAUUUUAUGGUACAGGGUGGGGAUUUUGUCAACGGCGAUGGCACUGGUUUUAUUUCAAUUUAUGGUACAAGUUUUGACGAUGAAAGCUUUGCAAUAUCUCAUGAUGAUCUGGGACUAGUUAGCAUGGCCAACAAAGGGCCUAACACCAAUGGAUGCCAAUUUUUCAUUACUACCAAGGCAUGCAAUUGGCUUGAUGGUAAAAACGUCGUUUUUGGUAAACUCAUCGAUAAUGAAUCGUUGAUUAUACUCAAAAAGAUGGAGAAUGUCACAGUAACGCCUUCAAAUUACAAACCUAAGUUGGAUAUUACGAUAACAAAUUCAGGACAGUUGUAG